AUGAAGAACACCGAAUCACUCACCAAUCCUUCCAACAAAACGAGGUCAAUGUUUUAUUGCCCGGACUCACCAGGAUACAUCUGGGACGUAAAUGAGACAACCGUUUUUAAGGUAAUUGUUACCAUCACGACCAUUGCUUGUCCCGUUACCAUACUGUUAAACCUUUUGGUGAUAAUAGCAGCGAGGACGAGAAGAGAAUUGAAAAAAAAUUCAAACAUCCUGUUGUCUAGCGUGGCCUUGGCUGAUCUUUUAGUGGGCGCUGUAACCAUGCCUGUGGCAAUCGCGUUAGACUUGUUAAUUAUCCAGGGAGUUUUGACUGUGAAUGUUGUCUGUACGAUAGAUAUCAUAAGUGUGUCUCUUCUGCAUGUUGGUUGCUGGGCGUCGUUUUUUCACCUGCUCCUGAUUGCUUGGGAGAGAUAUGUGGCCGUAGUGAAAUGGAUGGAGUACAAGGCUAUUGUUACAAGAGACCGUGUAAACAAGUACACGAGAGCUGCAUGGAUAUCGUCAUUAGUAAUAGUUGUUUCAUUAGUUAUAAUGGAAGCUGCUAGCGUUCCUCGUGAACUUUUAUUAGUCGUAGAUGUCAUUUUGACCAUUUUUUGGUUUGUCUGCUUAUCUCUUAUAGCGUAUUUUUAUGUCAAAGCUUAUCUCGCAGUGCGAACACGGAACAAAACACAAGACAGCUCAGUAAAUGUCCUGGUCAAAAGGAAGCUUGAAAAAAAGUUUGCGUCCACGACGUUCUGGCUAACGGUUUUCUUUGCAGCGUUGAGUUUUCCGACCUUCGUCGUUUAUCUCUUUCGGGACGUUUUGCCUUUUCUCCGCCACGUUUCGAUUAUACGAUGUGCAGAAACAACAUUUCUGUUAAACUCUCUGUUCAACCCAUUAUUGUACUGGUAUCGAAACCGCCGCCUAAGGAAAGCUACAUUAGAGCUGUUAAGGUGCAGAAACAGGCCAGCAGCUCGCGCAGGGCGUCGUGUAAGGCCAUAUCGCUGCUCCGUGGCGUCGCGAGAUGUUGAAAAUCUUCAACGCCCACGAGUUUUAAGAACACAGUCUCUUAGUGUUAUGCUGUGUUCAGAUACGCUUCUGAGGAGGUCGAGUAAGGCAGUGAAGGAAAGACCCAUGUCAGCUCCAUCGAGGGUAGCAAGCAAAGACAUAUUCACACAACAGAGCAAUGAAAAAAUUGUAAAAGUUAGGAUUGAAAAUGCCCCAAGAGGGAAAGGCAUUCAGCGCGAAGCUGAAUUGCCGAAAAACACCACGGAGCUUAGAAGAUCUCGGCGUCAUAUUGGUGUUAAAACUGUGCGAUCAAGUUCACUUAUUGAAAAUUCUUUCGUGUCACAAAAUAAUAUCGAGAGAUCCAGGUCAGAGCCAAUAAUAAAAACAAACUUAAACGAACCGGAGGGCAGAACAACUGUUAAGGAGUUGACGAUGAAACUAUAA